AGACACGAUUCGCUCUUCAGUUUCGGCGCAUCGUCGACACGCAAUGCUGCGGAACUCAAGUCCUUUCUGGGUAGCUCGAACUCACGACUGAAACCGGGCGCAACUGUUCUGCCGCUUUACGGAGCCGCCGCGGACAAGAAAAUUGCAGGGGCACACACCGUAUCCCUGGAACAGGCGAAGGCACGCGCCCGUGUCGAGGUGGACAUUGUCCUGGAGAACGACUGCUGCGUGGAAGGUGGGUAUCUGCGCGGCAGUGUCAAACUCCGCGUGCGCAAGCGUCACAAGAAAGAGGCCCACAUUCUGCUCGCCGAUGGCAAACUCAGGGUGAUAGGUUUCGAAAGCAUACCUGGCGAGGCCGACCGACACGCUUUCUACCAGCGCGCGAGUCCUCUGUGCGCAGUCACGGACGCAUACAGCCGCAUUUACGACUCCCCGGCGGACUCGGAGGGCUUCUCGCGCGCCAUGGAGGGCGUGCACGUGUUACCAUUUGCUAUGCAGCUAUCGGCGGACGCCCAGCUUGGUUCUCCUAAGGGCUCCCCUUGUCUGCAGAGCGGUGUAUCCAUUCGGUACAUCGCCAUGAUAUCAGUGAAGGUCAAGGACUCGAAGACGGGUAAGCGCUCCAUAGCGCACUUCUACCGUGACUGUCAAAUCUGGCCUCUUUUGGACCCUGCCAUUGUCCUCGCCAAUGCUUCACGUCCGAUACAUGCUUCGACUGCGGGAAGCCUUUCCGUCAUCGGUGCCGGCAAGAAGGUCAAACUCACGGCUAUGCUCCCUCGCAUGACGUGGUUGGCUGGUCAGCGGUGCUAUGUGCACCUGUCAGUUACAAACGAAACUAAGAAGACCGUCAAAACUAUCAGGCUGGCGCUGGUUAGGACAACCACCGUGUUCAGGCCAAGACCUGCCCUGAAUACCGGCAAUGGCGAGUCCGUUGACCCGGGGGUAUGCCAGACGGCUACCACGCACAAAGUUAUCGCGGAGUCUAUUCUUGAGAGGAGCCAGGGCGUAGCCAAAGGUCACGCGAGUGUACAGGGCUGGUGGACCGGUGUACCCGCGGGCCAAGAUGUGCAGUUUGCGCACUACAUCUUAAUUAAUCCGGAUGCCUUGUCUGUUACCCGCUCACGGUUUAUCGAGGUUGAAUACUCUAUCCAGGUAUCCCUCAGCGCUGGAGCCUUGACCUCCGUUAUCCAAGUGACUCUUCCCAUCCGCGUUGUCAACUUCCUGUCACUGGACCCUUUGCCCAGCGCACCGCUGAUAUCCUUAGACGGUUCUUACGCUCGCCUGGUU